CUCCAGGCCCCUGUAGCAGCUGGGCCGCGGGGCCGUUCCCGGCUUGCACUGCGGCGUUCCCACGCCUCCUCAGCCGGGCUCUCGCCUUUCACGUCAGGGCCCGACCUCGGAGAUGGCGGCUCAGAAGAUAAACGAAGGGCUGGAGCACCUCGCCAAGGCAGAGAAAUACCUGAAAACUGGUUUUUUAAAAUGGAAACCAGAUUAUGACAGUGCUGCUUCUGAAUAUGGAAAAGCAGCUGUUGCUUUUAAAAAUGCCAAACAAUUUGAGCAAGCAAAAGAUGCCUGCCUGAGAGAAGCUGUUGCCCAUGAGAAUAAUAGGGCUCUUUUUCAUGCUGCCAAAGCUUAUGAGCAAGCUGGCAUGAUGUUAAAGGAGAUGCAGAAACUGCCUGAGGCUGUUCAGCUGAUUGAGAAAGCCAGCAUGAUGUACCUAGAAAAUGGCACCCCGGACACAGCAGCCAUGGCAUUGGAGCGAGCUGGAAAGCUUAUCGAAAAUGUAGAUCCAGAAAAGGCUGUACAAUUAUAUCAACAGACAGCUAAUGUGUUUGAAAAUGAGGAACGCUUACGACAGGCAGUUGAAUUACUAGGAAAAGCUUCCAGGCUGCUGGUACGAGGCCGCAGGUUUGAUGAGGCAGCACUUUCUAUUCAGAAAGAAAAAAAUAUUUAUAAGGAGAUUGAAAAUUACCCAACUUGUUAUAAGAAAACAAUUGCUCAAGUCUUAGUUCACCUCCACAGAAACGACUACGUGGCUGCAGAGAGGUGUGUCAGGGAGAGCUACAGCAUUCCAGGGUUCAGUGGGAGUGAAGACUGUGCUGCCCUGGAACAGCUUCUUGAAGGCUAUGACCAACAAGACCAAGACCAAGUAUCUGAUGUGUGCAACUCGCCACUUUUCAAGUACAUGGACAAUGAUUAUGCUAAGCUGGGCCUGAGUUUGGUGGUUCCCGGAGGGGGAAUCAAGAAGAAACCUGCGGCGCCACAGGCUAAAUCUGAAGGUGCCACCGCCCCCACUGCUGAGGAAGACGAAGAUGAGUAUGCAGGAGGCCUGUGCUAGGAUCUUGCUGUGCUGCAGAAAGGAAGAACAAAAUCCUGACAUGCCAUUCAUGGACUUGGACCUUGUCUGAGGGGAUCCAGAUUUCAUUGCAGUCAUGGCUUUGAAAAUGCUACUAGAUUCAUGUUUAGUCAUCAUUUCCCUAAGUCACCCAUCAUACCCACUACCUGAAAACACUUUUUUUUCUUUCCAUAGCAGCCUUUCUAAGACACCAUAGGAAUUAAUAGAAAAAAAUGUACUAUCACAUUUUAACACAGUUGAUUUUUAAUUUGCAAGCUACAAACUGUGUUCUAAACAAAAGGGACAAUAGGCAUAGAAAUUCUUUUCUGUUGGGCUUUUGUGAUUUAUUGUUAGAGAAUUUCCCUUUCGUUUUAUUUAAUAAUUGCUGCUAAAAGUGAAGUUUACUGAGUUAAAGUAGUAUUUCAAACUUUUGACAAGUUUAUCCCCAGUGAUAUUAGAUACAUUUAAAUUAUUGAAGAUUUCUUCAAAUCUUUUCAGAGGCACGAUUGGGACAGGAUGCUGUUUUGAGCCUUACAAUACUGUUUAGCCCAAUAAAAGAUAGGUUUAAAGUCUUAUGUGUACAUUGAAAGUUUUUACGGUAUAUUCAACUCCUUUAUGAACUACAUUUUUGUACCUAAAUAAACACACAGUGACUGUCCCCAAAUCCAUUUGGUUCUUGACUAAAUGGAAACUAAUGACUGUUUUUAUGCAUUCUAAGAGGGGAUGUUCCCAUCAACCUAGAAUAUAGACAUUUCUUCCCUCCAAAAUAAUUUCUGAUUCAUUUACAGUUGCAGCAGGACAGUAACUGGACAUGGAAAAUGCUGUGUAACAUUAACAUUUAGCUGAAAGGGAAGAAUUGUUUCUGAAGUACUUCUUUUUAGAGGACUGUGCUGCCAAUAUUUUAGUCCUUGUAGGUACUCCUAAAAGGUUAUUUUUGAAGCAUUCCUUGUUCACCUGUAUGGUUUGGCCCUAUCUCCAAAUCUGUUAAUUGAAGAGAGGUGCCAGUCAGCAGCAGCAGCAUGCAUUCUGUAGGCACUUGCCACCCAGAGUGGUUUUCUGCUCUGGGAAACCAUAGAACAAAGAACAAAAUCCUGACAUGCCAUUCAUGGACUUAGACCUUGUCUGAGGGUAUCAAGAUUUUAUUGCAGUCAUGGUUUUGAAAAUGCUAAUAGAGAUUCAUGAAGCCAUGAAUCUCCAUGAGCCAGCCUUAUAUGAGUCCAGUGUGUGUAGUUUGCUGCUCCUGGAGACACCAAGGCUCAUUAUGAUGAGUGGUUUUAGCCAUAGUUGUUUCCAAGGGAGGGGAGGGCUUAGCUGGUUGGCAGGUGCACUUAAAAGGGUGGUAGGAGGGUAGAAAUCUUUAUUGAAGAUCUGAUUUAAAACUCUAGCAAAUUUAAUGUUUUGAUUCCUCAUAGUUCUGCAGGUAGCAGCUCAUUUUCAAUAAUUGUAUGGAGGUUAACUUGGGACAGCCUCAGUGAGGCUGCAUUUAGAGACAUUUGUACUGGAUGGUGGUACACUAAUACUUCCAAGAUCCUGCCAUUGCUGUUGUGCCCUUUAAAUCCAUUCGGAAACUUCAGGAAUCUUGUAUUAAUGGUCAUGUGAGUUAAACAGCCAUAUGUCUAAACAGAUUUGGCAGCACUUAAAAAGUAUUUUAGACCAUUUGUUUACAGACUAUAUUACUCAUUGCAGCCUUGGAAAAGUUCUUAACUUUUACAUAUUAAAAAUGAGGAGUGCUUGAUUCAGUGCAUUCUGUUUUAGCGGGGUAGCUGACCCUUAACAACAUAAAAGGCUCUAUUUUAAGUGCAGCCUCUUCCCCCCUCCCUGCCCACAUUUAGGAACUAACGUGUAGGACUUGGGGGUAUUUCUUUGAUGUCAGGGUUGAUGUGUGGUGUCCGGGAAAGAGCCCUUGUUUCGUCUUCAUGCAUUUUAUUUUUCCACGUACAGAAGUCUUUAUCCUGAGAGUGUGGUCAAAAGCAGGAAACGUGUUUACAACAGGAAAAACAUUUCCAGAACUCAUGUCAUCCCUUUUACCAAAGUGGAAGUCUGCAUGAAUAUGCUCAGAAUUGAAUACUCAGUGUUAUUAUAUUGUAAGUGAAGUCAAUCUAGAAAUAUAUUUAAUAUAUUGAAUUUAUUUGUACAUAUGCAGAAUAUUAUGGUAUUUGUGUAUGGAAUCUGUGCUUCCUAUUUUUUUUCCAGUUCUUUGAUGAGUAAAUAUUAAAUGUAUUAUUAUGGAAAUAUAGAUUAUUGCUUCUAUGGGAAGAUAAUUAUGAAAAUAAAAUCUGAAACUGU